GGUGGAUGUAACAAUGCUACUAAAAUCUGUUUGUGUCGUUCUUUGCUGUCUUUGUCAAACAGUUCAGGCUAUCCACCGUGGCUGCGAAAACUGUGGAUGUUGCAUUGAUGGAGAAUGCAAUUUGCCACAACCUUUUCCUGGUUAUUGCAAUAAAGGAUGCGUUGAUGGUAUCUAUGGAGACAGGUGCUACAACCAGUGUCCUUCUAAUUGUGCAGCAUGUGCACGGAAUGGACAACACAUUAAUGAGGUGUGGACGCAUGACUGUACUAAAUGUCCCGAUGGAAAGUAUUUGGGCACUUACAGAGAUUGUUCCUUGUCUUGUCCAAGUAAAUGCAAAACUUGCACCUCAGGUACAGUAUGUACGGAAUGCAAACGUCCUUAUUUUAACUUUGGUGCGGUAACGAAUUGCUCUCUAUAUUGUCCAACAAACUGCAAAUCGUGUUCAGAAUCUGGUAAUUGCCUGGCCUGUGAAGAUGGGUAUUAUAGCCCGGAGUCUAGGUGUCAGAACAGGUGCUAUUCCGAUUGCCAGUCGUGUUCAUCAUUGCAAACAUGUGAAAGAUGCAAAACUGGACGUUAUAAUGGAAGGGAAUUAGAUAUCCCCACAAACGUAUUCUAUAAUGACUGUAGAUUUUCAUGUAGGAGCUCUUGUGAAGAUUGUUCGUCCUACAACUCUUGCUCUUCUUGUGUGACUUGGAAGUACGGCAGUUACUGUGAAAAACCUGCUCUAUAGGUUGCAGAUAUGGUACAUGUGAUAAGAGUACCGGGAAUUGUGAAUGUAAAAAUGGCUUUGCAGGACAACAAUGUAAUAAUUGCGAAAAAGGAAAAUAUGGCACAUAUUGUGACCAGGAAUGUUCAAC